AUGAAGAAGAGAAACCAACCAAUCAGCACGGUACAGGAUAUUAGAAUUUCUGAAAAUGAUGUGAGUGACUUUCCUUUCUUUGUGUUAAUAGGGAUCCUUGGACAAUUACUGUUAUCCUUUUCCGUAUACACGAAUGGUUCCAAGAUUCUAAGCACAAACCAAUCAGCUGGGACUUUAACAGCUAUCAACGGUAUCAGAUUCAUUAGUAUGACAUGGAUAAUACUGGGUCAUACAUUUGUAUUUGGAUUUAUGCAGGGCAGCGUAGAAAAUAUUGCCACGAUGUUUCCAACCUAUAUAAAGAGGCUCUCAUUUAUGGCUGUCGUAAAUGCCCUGGUUGCUGUAGAUACGUUCUUUGCGCUCAGUGGUCUUCUGUUAACCUAUUUAACUCUGAAGCAGAUGAAGAAAAGCAAAGGAAAGAUUAACUGGUUCCUGUUCUAUUUUCAUCGUUUUUGGAGAUUAACUCCUCCCUACAUGUUGAUUAUGGGGAUUUAUAUAGCAGUAUUGCCUUACAUUGGAAACGGACCUUUCUGGCCCAAGGAUGGCUUCGAGAAAAAUUACUGUCAAAACACGUGGUGGUGGAAUCUGUUAUACAUAAAUAACUUUAAACCAGUUAGUGAAGAGUGUUUUGCCUGGGCUUGGUAUUUAGCAAAUGAUAUGCAGUUUUAUAUAAUCAGUCCAAUCAUUAUCCUACCUCUUUAUUUUUCGAAGAUAGCAGGUACAAUUGUUAUAAGCAUUUUUUUGCUUGCAACAUCAAUAGCAUCAGGGAUUGUAUCUAAGCAUUUUGAACUUGGAGUUUCCACGUUCGGAAAAAAUGGUGACGCACAUUUUAACGAAUACUAUCAGAAGCCGUAUUGUCGAAUGGGACCUUAUCUUCUAGGAAUGUACACAGGUUAUCUCCUGUAUAAAAGUAACUGUAAAUACCGCAUUAACAGGUACCUGAACUUCUUGCUUUGGAUAGUAUUUUCUGUAAUUGCUGUUCUGGUAUUGUAUGGAGUGUAUGGAAACUACAACGAUAAUCCAAUGUCUGAAGAUGUUACUGCUCUUUACAACGCGGUCCACAGAUCUGCAUGGGGUGCUGCCAUCUGUUGGGUAAUAUUUGCGUGUGCUACGGGAAAUGGUGGCUUUAUCAAUACUUUACUAUCCUGGAAGAUGUUUAUACCAUUUAGUAGGCUGACGUUUUGUGCCUAUUUAUUACAUCCCGUGGUACAGUUUUACUAUUAUGGAUCCAAGAAGAAGAUGACAUAUUGGGAUGACCACCAGACGAUAUACGAGUUUGUCGCACACGUGGUAAUGUCGUUUGCGGUUGCAUUUAUCGCUUCACUUGCAUUUGAAUCACCUAUGAUGGGACUAGAAAAGGUCAUUUUCAGACGAGAAAGGAAGAAACAUGCACUUUAAUCCAAAGGAGUUAAAUUGUUAAUGCAUUUUACCAAAUACGAGGUUUUCAAUGUUAUCAGUGUAUUUUGCAAAAGAAAACGUUUUAUACAUUUUGAUAUACAUAUAUGAUUUAUUUUUAAUAUUUUGUAACUGUAACUUUUUGUAUUCAUUUUUGUUCUUUUUAACAUUGCUUUAAUAA